AGAUUGACAGGCGGGUAGGCGGAACUGACCUUGUCACAUGUUCAGGAUUCAGCCAAUCAGACGGCAGCAGCGACGUGUAAUCGGUCGCCAGACUAUGGUGCGACAGGAGGAGAGAGGCUGCCGAGGCGUUUGACAGAAAACCACUCCGGUAUAAAUCUAGUAACUCCGAAACUGUCUUCUUCCUGGACGCCGACGACUCUUUGCUUCAAGAAGGCGUUAUCACUGACAAGGUGCCGUCCUUCUCAGCGCUGCGAUGUCUGCAAAAGCCAUAUCGGAACAGACGGGGAAGGAGUUCCUGUACAAGCACAUCAGCCCCUCGGCAGCCGUGCAGAACCGCUUCCACUAUGCGACCGUCACUGCUGAGACGGACUGGGACCGCCUCACUCAGGAGAACCAAUGGCUGCUGACCAAACGGCUGGUGGUGAAGCCAGAUCAGCUGAUCAAGCGGCGUGGGAAGCUCGGACUUGUUGGCAUCAACCUGGACCUGCAGGGGGUCAAAGACUGGGUCAAAACUCACAUGAUGAAAGACACCACAGUGGGAAGGGCCAAAGGUGUCCUGAAGAACUUUCUCAUUGAGCCCUUUGUGCCACAUAAGCAGGAGGAGGAGUUUUACGUGUGCAUCUACGCCGUGCGUGAGGGCGACGUGGUGCUUUUCCACCACGAGGGCGGGGUGGAAGUGGGCGACGUGGACGCCAAAGCGCUGAAGCUAACGGUUGCAGUGAACGACAAGAUCAGUGAGGAGCAAGUCAAAGAGCAGCUCCUGUCCCAUGUCCCUGAAGACAAGAAGGGUGUGUUGGCCAGUUUUAUUGUUGGACUCUUCAAUUUGUAUGAAGACCUUUACUUCACCUACCUUGAGAUCAACCCGCUCGUCGUCACUUCGGAUGGAGUGUACGUCCUCGACAUGGCAGCAAAAAUCGACGCCACUGCAGAUUUCAUUUGCAAGUCUAAGUGGGGGGAUGUGGAGUUUCCUCCUCCGUUUGGCAGAGAGGCAUACCCAGAGGAAGCUUACAUAGCAGAUCUGGAUGCAAAAAGCGGAGCCAGUCUGAAGCUCACCCUGCUGAAUCCACAAGGCCGGAUCUGGACCAUGGUGGCCGGAGGCGGAGCAUCCGUGGUUUACAGUGACACCAUCUGUGAUCUGGGUGGGGUGGAUGAGCUGGCCAAUUAUGGAGAGUACUCUGGAGCUCCCAGUGAACAGCAGACGUAUGACUACGCAAAAACCAUCCUCUCUCUCAUGACUCGGGAAAAACACCCUCAAGGUAAAGUGUUGAUCAUUGGAGGGAGUAUUGCAAACUUCACAAAUGUUGCAGCUACUUUUAAGGGCAUUGUCAGGGCCAUUAAAGAUUAUCAGGAGCCUCUAAAGGAGCAUGAGGUGAAAAUAUUUGUGCGACGUGGUGGACCCAACUACCAGGAGGGCCUGAGAGUAAUGGGGGAAAUAGGGAAGACGACGGGCAUUCCGAUCCACGUGUUUGGAACCGAGACCCACAUGACCGCCAUUGUCGGGAUGGCUCUGGGACACAGACCCAUCCCCAACCUGCCUCCUAUGGCGGCUCAUACCGCUAACUUCCUGCUCAACGCUAGCAACAACACCGUGACUCCGGCUAACACAAGAACAGCUUCCUUCUCUGAGCCAAAGAUGGCUAAUGAUGUGAGCCCUGCAAAAAAGUCCAAAGCAGGUCUUCCAGCAGACGCCCAAGCCUCUUCUGGCUGCAGCGGAGGUAUGGAAGCCAAGGCGACCACACUGUUCAGCAACCACACCAAGGCCAUCGUCUGGGGCAUGCAGACCCGCGCCGUGCAGGGCAUGCUGGAUUUUGACUACGUCUGCUCUCGGGAAGAACCCUCCGUGGCUGCCAUGGUGUACCCGUUCACUGGAGAUCACAAGCAGAAGUUCUAUUGGGGUCACAAAGAAAUCCUGCUGCCAGUCUACAAAAACAUGGCGGAUGCCAUGAAGAAGCACCCGCAGGUGGACGUCAUGAUCAGCUUCGCGUCGCUGCGCUCGGCCUUCGACAGCACAGUGGAGGCCAUGCAGUACCCACAGAUCCACACCAUCGCUAUCAUAGCUGAGGGCAUUCCUGAAGCUCAGACCAGAAAGAUGAUCAAGAUGGCCGACGAGAAAGGCGUAACCAUCAUCGGUCCUGCCACGGUCGGCGGCAUCAAACCGGGCUGCUUUAAGAUCGGAAACACGGGUGGGAUGCUGGACAACAUUCUGGCGUCUAAACUGUACCGACCCGGAAGUGUGGCUUACGUGUCGCGAUCUGGAGGCAUGUCCAACGAGCUCAACAACAUCAUCUCGCGCACUACGGACGGCGUCUACGAAGGCGUGGCGAUCGGAGGCGACAGAUACCCAGGAUCCACCUUCAUGGACCACGUGCUCCGCUACCAGGACACUCCAGGGAUUAAGAUGAUCGUGGUGUUGGGAGAGAUUGGAGGGACCGAUGAGUAUAAAAUCUGCCAAGGCAUCAAAGAGGACCGGAUUACCAAACCCGUGGUGUGCUGGUGUAUUGGAACCUGCGCCACCAUGUUUGCUUCAGAGGUUCAGUUCGGUCAUGCAGGAGCCUGUGCCAACCAGGCUUCUGAAACUGCAGUGGCCAAGAACCAGGCUCUGAGGGACGCCGGCGCUUACGUGCCAAAGAGCUUCGACGAGCUGGGAGAUCUCAUCAGAACCGUUUAUGAUGAACUGGUGGCCAGCGGUACCAUUGUUCCAGCUCAGGAGGUUCCUCCACCUACAGUACCCAUGGAUUAUUCCUGGGCCCGGGAGUUGGGUUUGAUUCGUAAACCUGCGUCCUUCAUGACGAGCAUCUGUGAUGAGCGAGGACAGGAGCUCAUCUACGCUGGCAUGGGCAUCACUGAGGUCUUCAAAGAGGAGAUGGGUAUAGGAGGAGUUCUGGGUCUGCUCUGGUUCCAGCGCAGACUACCACGCUAUGCCUGCCAGUUCAUCGAGAUGUGUCUGAUGGUGACGGCUGACCACGGGCCCGCCGUCUCCGGUGCUCACAACACCAUCGUCUGUGCUCGCGCUGGCAAAGACCUGAUCUCCAGCCUCACCUCUGGCUUGCUCACCAUUGGGGACCGUUUUGGAGGUGCUCUGGACGCAGCAGCAAAGCAGUUCAGCAAAGCGUUUGACAGCGGCAUGCUGCCCAUGGACUUUGUCAACAAGAUGAAGAAGGAUGGGAAGCUGAUCAUGGGCAUUGGACACAGAGUCAAAUCGAUUAACAAUCCAGACAUGCGGGUGCAGAUCCUGAAGGACUUUGUGAAGCAGCAUUUCCCCUCCACACAGCUGUUAGACUACGCUCUUGAUGUGGAGAAGAUCACCACCUCAAAGAAACCUAACCUGAUCCUUAAUGUAGACGGUUUUAUCGGCGUUUCCUUUGUGGAUCUGCUUCGAACAUGUGGAGGCUUCACGCGAGACGAGGCUGACGAGUUUGUGGAAAUUGGAGCUCUGAAUGGGAUCUUUGUCCUCGGUCGUAGCAUGGGCUUCAUCGGGCAUUACCUGGACCAGAAAAGGCUGAAGCAGGGUCUCUACCGCCACCCCUGGGACGACAUCUCCUACGUGCUUCCUGAACACAUGUCCAUGUAAACAUGGCAGAACGGCGGCGAGACUCUGGAGCGCCAUCGUCUCACUCAGAGUGCCUGUAGCCUCCCGUUAUGAAACCUCGGCAGGGUUGAUCUGAGGAGUGGAAGCCCACACGGUUGGAGGCGAAUUGAAGGAAACUUUUCUGUCUAAACUUACAGAGGAAAAAAAGGGGAAGUAUAUUUUUUAGGCUUAGUUUAUGCGAACUGUUUGAAAACGAAUAGAAAUAUAACUUAUUCAGUGUUGAGUAAAGAGCCAAACCAAUGCGAGAACGGCGGCAUCGUUUGUAAAUAAAGUCCGAACAGAGACGCUGGGAUACAUUUAUGUGUUUGAAGGACAGCAGGAUUCAAAAAGCAUAUCCAAACUCCUGUUACUGUCGAUGAAGCUCUUAAAGCUCAGCAGCUUUUGUACAGCCUACUGCUAAAUAUUAACAAUGACUUAGCAGCAUCUGGGUUUUUUUUUUUUUUUUUUUUUGGCCACAUGAAGCUGCUUUAGGUUUCUGGCUUUUUGUGCUCAUCUUUAAGCACAUUUAAAUCUAUGUUUGAAUUUUUUUAAGUCUUUUAGAUUUUAUUUUGAAAUUUAAAAUGUAAAGAAAGGGUCUUUAAAAAUUUCCAAGUGGAUUUUCAGAAAUUUUACGUUCUAAAAGAAGGUAUUAUUAUUGUAAAGUAAGACUAGGUGUCGUGAUCCCGGUUACAGAAAAUUCCAUUUGAGGAGUCCAAGUCCUUUUGCUUAAAGAAAUGUUAAAUCUUCUGGUUUUAUUUUGUGGGGAAACAAAAGGAGAAGCAUCAGAAAAACCCAAAUAAAAUACUUCUGUGAAUCCUGAGGCCAUCUUCUGGUGAGGGACCAUGCCAGCAGUUUUGCUUUCCUUGUGGUUGUAGGGAAGGAGGGGGAAUAUUGCACAAUAAACAGACCAGGACAGUUGCAUGAAGAUUUUUACCAGCUUUAACCUAAAUCAUCACACCAACAUAACCGUUUGCUCGUUGUAACGCCUGCUGUUUGGUCUUUGUUUUGCUGUUUUUAUUUAAUUGUGAAAAAAAUGCUUUGUUUUUGUAUGUGGCACAAAAAUAAAGAUCUUAUUUUACUUUUCA